AGCACCAAAGCUUUAGAGGCAUCUGGUAAAUGAUUUAUAAACUUCAAGAUAGCAAAGUAUAAAAAUGCAUGUCAGUGCCUACUUUGCAWAGGAUACACUCUGCACAAUUUGCAAUGUCUCUGAAAACGUUUCAAAUUUUGGUGCCCGCUCUGCUGUUUACAGGUGUCCUUGGAGCACCAUUUCUGUCAGAAGAGUCAGCAAAUCAGUUUAUACGACUUAAACGACAAAUUCCAUAUUCCCAGAGCUACUGGGACCCAAGCAGCAGCCAGAAUGCAUGGGGAUACACUGUGGCUGAGCAGAUUAGCGAAUCAUGGACGUCUCUGAGAAACACUGCACAAUACUACAUGGACUUGGGAUCCUUUGCCUUUGAUCCUUCUAUUGCCAGGGAAAACAUCAGAUCUUACAUGGAUAUGCUACAGCAGACUGGGACUCACCUCCAGCAACAGACAAGGAUGAUCAAUUAAAUCCUACACAUCUGUCAUAUUUGGCAAUGUUAGGAUAUGGCAUGUUAUGCAUUUGCCCCAGAUGACUCUAUCUUAUCCCACUGUCUUGUUUGGAAAGCUUUGCUUUGCACAUUUAAUGUUUUGGACUUGGACUKGAAUGCCAAAAGUGACGGAAGCCACAGCUACAAGUGAGAGCUGCUUUUUCUUACACUGUAGCA